AUGGGAUCGUCCUCAUUCGUAUCCGUAUUGCGACAGUCUUCGGUCGCUUCUGCUGACUUCGAGGUCACGACCCGCGCGACCUCUGUGUCACUUAAAGAGAACCUUUUGAUUUCAGCAAAACUACAAAUAUACUAUGCAAGAUUGUAUCCGCCGCAUCGUCCUUGUGUGAUGUAUGUUUUUGUUUCCGUCCGAUUGUCCUUCACAAUAGGUCUCGAGAGCCCAACACACUCCUCCUCCAGUCGACAUGUAUUCAUAGUCCGAGAAGGAGACCCUGCGAUGCUUCAACACGAUCUCCUCGCGAGGUUCCGUUCCUGGUCUCCCUCUCCUCCUACCGUAGAGGAGAGGAGUACUCGUGACGUCACACUCCUCUUUGAUUUACAUCCCUUCAGUUUCUUACACGAGCACGUGAUCUACCGGCUGGAGAAGAAGGAACACAUACCGCCCUGGGUCACUGUGUACAGCGGAGGUAAAUCAAGAAAGACUAUAACCAACCUAGCUCCGAGUCACCCGCACAGGUUUCGUCUUAAAGUGAUGUUGAAACCAUCGUCUACUGCGGUGACGGCUGCUAUCAAAUACUUCGGCGACGAGACAACUGUUUAUGAAAAUAUAAAGAGAGACGAUGAUUCAGAUAACAAACGACUAAAUUGGAGUGAAGUCAACAAAGCAGAUUUCGUAAACACAAUAGUCUUUGAUAAAAAGCCUUUGUCUUCCCGAACGUUUGAAGGGAGACUCGAAAAAAGUCAUGAGGUCGUGGAGUCCCUGUACUCCGAGGAGGUGUGGACCAGCACACAGUCUGAAGGCACGUCGGUCGCCUGCUUCACUCUGGCCGUCAGCUGCGGGUACUUGAAACAGGUACAACAGAUGUUAGAGGAGCGUCCGGAGUUGGUGUCCAUCAUGAGCUCUAAAAGUGGCCUCACACCGCUAUCCACGGCCGCCAGAAAGGGUGACGUGUGUAUGGUGAGGUUCCUUCUCUCACUCAAUGUUCCGUUGGACCAGCCGUCCUCGGGCGGACAGACUCCUCUGAUGCUGGCUGUGCUCGGCGGACACGCGGCUGUAGCAGGGAUGCUGUUGGAUCGAGGAGCUGACAUAAAAGCACGUGAUAUAAAUGGUCUGAGUGUCGAGCACUACGCCGUGGACUCGUGUGUCCCUGACCUGGUCGAGCUCGUGUUGGACAGGGGAGGAGACGUGCAGGUCAGAGACAGUAACCUGUGGACGCCGCUGUUUAGAGCUGUUAAUCAGUUACUAUUGUUUGUUGUAAUGUUAGUAUGUCAAGGAGCGAGUACAGCUAUGAUCGAGUUACUCCUUCGUCGCGGUAGUCGCCUGGACGUGACCGAUCGCCGAAACCUCACUCUGAUUUCAGCCGCUCGUCUCUUGAAAGACAGGCAGUAA